UAAUAAUUAUUCGUAGACGAAAUUGAUCGUUUACUCUCGAUACAUAUAUAUAUGUCGUCUCUCUCGUCAUCCUCGACGAUUCAUCGGAAAGCAACGACAAGACUGUGAGCAGUUGGAAGCUGCAGAGCUCCGAGUAGCAUCCUCCUCUUCUAUCAAUGGCGGUGAGCGGCGAGGGGGCGGAGAAGACGAAGCUGAAGCUCUACUCCAACUUCGGGAGUUCGUGCUCCUGCCGCGUCCGCAUCAUCCUCAACUUGAAAGGUCUCAAGUACGAGUACAUAGCCGUGAACUUGCUCAAAGGAGAGCAAUUCAGUCCCGAUUUCACGAAGCUUAACCCCCUGGGGUAUGUGCCGGUUCUGGUGGAUGGGGACAUAGUCAUCUCGGACUCCUUUGCCAUCAUUAUGUAUCUGGAAGAGAAAUACCCUCAAAUGCCACUGUUGCCAAGUGAUCUUCAGAAAAGGGCCGUUAACUACCAGGCUGCAAAUAUUGUUUCUUCAAGCAUACAGCCUCACCAAAAUCUUGGUAUUCUGAAAUAUAUUGGAGAGAAAGUUGGUCAGGAUGAGAUGCAUGAAUGGCCAAAGCGUCACAUUGGCAAAGGUUUUUCAGCACUUGAGAAGCUAUUGAAGGACUAUGCUGGAAAAUAUGCCACUGGGGAUGAAGUUUACCUGGCUGAUCUUUUUGUGGCACCUCAGAUUCAUACUGCAAUUAAAAGGUUCAACCUUAAUAUGUCUGAGUAUCCUCUUUUAACCAAGUUGCAUGAGGCGUAUGCCGAACUUCCGAAUUUUCAAGCUGCUAUGCCUGAAAACCAGCCAGAUACUCCUUCCUCGAGUUAAGCAAAAACGAAAGGGCAGAUGGGAAUGCCUGCCAAUGCUACUGAAGGGAAGUGCUGAGGAAUGCAAGCUUUCGAGAAGAGCCAAGGCGAUGAAGCAACCAUGAUCAUGGUUGGGUUUUCUAUUGUUGUAUGAUGUCGAUGAAGAAUAAAUAAAUAAGCAAAGAGUGUCAUUUAGUAGUAUUGUAUAUGGUCGAUGAAAGCAAAAAUCCCAGACGAACAGUUUGUACAGUGGAAACAUUGCGGGGCAUGUACGUGUAUGUAUAUGUGUAUGUGCUUAUAUAUGAUUAUGAUGCUCUUCCUUGGUUCUGAAAUC